UGUUUUUCUUUCAACCAUUUCAGAGCCCUGCAGGAGUCAUUAAAUCAAAACUUCAUGCUGAUCAUCACCCAUCGAGAAGUCCAGCGGGAGUACAACCUCAACUUCUCAGGAAGCAGUACCAUUCAGGAGGUAAAACGGAAUGUGUACGACCUAACCAGUAUCCCUGUCCGUCACCAGCAGUGGGAGGGCUGGCCUCCUUCUGCCACAGACGACUCAAUGACUCUAGCAGUAUCAGGAGUGAAUUUUCCUUGCCAUCGGCUUACAGUUGGAAGGAGAUCUUCACCUGUACAAACAAGGGAACAGUCAGAGGAGCAGUGCACUGAUGUUCAUAUGGUUAGUGACAGUGAUGGAGAUGACUUUGAAGAUGCUACAGAAUUUGGAGUUGAUGAUGGAGAAAUGUUUGGGGUAGCAUCAUCUGCCUUGAGGAAGUCACCAAUGAUGCCAGAAAAUGCUGAAAAUGAAGGAGAUGCCUUAUUACAAUUUACAGCAGAGUUUUCUUCAAGAUACGGUGAUUGCCAUCCUGUUUAUUUUAUUGGAUCAUUAGAGGCUGCUUUUCAAGAAGCCUUCUAUGGGAAAGCUAGAGAUGUAAGUGUGUGUUAAAGUUACUUGAUUUAA